ACACCUCAAAUUAUGCGAAUGAAGGAGCUUGUGUACGCGCGCGCGCGCGCGUGUAGAGCAGACUGUAGGCGGCUCUUCUCAAGGAGUCCCGGUCUGACGGACAAGUCCGGACAGAAGUAAAGGUGUGGCAGCAGUCAUGAGGAAGAGGCCUAUCUGUGCCAUUCAAGUGUCACGGGGGGAAACUUUAUGGAACUCUUCCUGAUGUCCACCUUCAUUCCGCGAGCUCUUUGAGUCAGUUAGUGGCAUCUGACAGCGCUGUAGGAGACGGGCGGCUGACUGAGCCAACAACACAUCUCGGGACAGCAGGAGCGUUGCAGGUUGGAUUUCGCUUUCUUUGGGGACCUGAAAUCGACUGGAUCCCGAACCUUCAGUUCAUGCACUUGUUGCUCAUGAGAUCUGGAGGAACCUAAGGAUCUGCCAUGGAGAAAGCUUAGUAACUGCUGGGCGAAGAGGCUGUGCUUCACUGCAGCGCUGAUCUUUUAUUAACCCUUCACAUCCUCACAUCAUUUCUGGCCUUUACUUGUCUUUUUCACUUUUUUUGCAGCACUUCCUUUUCCUACCGUUCUCCAUCACUUAUCAUACAGCUACCAUGCGUAGAUUCAGCUCUGAGGGUUCCCUCCUGGAUCUUGACUUCCUCCCGUGGAAGAGGGUGGCAUUGAAGAACCCAGAUUAUGAGAAGAACCGGGAGUCUGGCACCUACACACCCCACGUGGAGGAAGAUGAGCUGAAAGAGAGGUCAACUGGCCUGACUCCCACCAUCCAGGAGCCCAGACCGAGUCCCGGCAAGGCGGGGAAGAAGGAGCUGACCAAGGAGCACAGCGUCAGCGCAGAGAACCUGAGCAAGCUGGGGAAAGUGGACAAGAGCCACCUCGGAGUGUGUGUCAUCAGUGAAGGCUGCAGGGCCUACAGUGACAGCCAGCUGGCCCCGGACACCCAGGACAGCACGGAGAGCGUAGAGAGAGACGACCUGCAACCCCAAUCUCCAUCGUCCUCCUCCAACCCCUUCUUCAAAUCCCAGCACAGGCACCACCAUAAACUGAAACUGUCAGCCGCUAAACUGCACCUCAAGAGUCUGUUUGGGCAGAGUCCUCAUUCCUCAAACUCCAACCUGUCAGAUCAGAAAGACAGUGCUACAGAGAGGAGGUCUCGGCUACUCUUCAUGCGUCAGUGGAGUCAGGUGGGCCACAGUAAGAACAGGAAGAUCAGUCGAGAAGAGCUGGAAAAAUGGGCCGAGUCCCUGAAUGCCCUGCUGGCCAGCCAAACUGGUGUUUCAGUGUUUGGAGCAUUCUUGCGCUCUGAGUUCAGCGAGGAGAAUCUGCAGUUCUAUCUGGCCUGUGAGCAGUACAGACACUCGUCCAACAACUUCAGCCUGCAGAGGAGGGCCAAGGACAUCUGCGCCUCCUACAUCCAGCCAGGUGCCCCCCGGGAGGUGAACCUGGACAGUAAGACCAGGGAUCUGACCAUGCAGCUGCUGCAGGCUCCCUCGCACACCUCUCUGUCCCACGCACAGAAGCGCAUCUACUCGCUCCUGGACGCAGACUGUUACCCCCGCUUCCUCCAGUCCCACAUCUACCUCUCCUUACUCCACGAGGCUGACCAGAAGCACAUGUUGACGACACACCUGGACUCUGGAGGAGGAACAGUGGCUCAGCGGUUUCCAGGAAGUCCUAAACAUUGUAGACCAUAAAGCUAAACAUGUCUUCAAAAGAUAAAGCUGCUGUGUAGGAAGUUUGUGUAAAAAAUGCCUCGAGCAUGUGCUUGAUGUUGAUGCCCAUUUGACACUGUGUGUAGGAAUGCAAGUCAGUUAAAUCAAUAGUUCAACAUCUUGGGAAAUAUGCUUUCUUUGCUUUCGUUCAGAUUAAUAUCAGUAUCUCAUGUCUUUGUUUCGCCCUGCUUUCAGUCUUUAUGCUAAACUAACCACAUCCUGACUCCAGCUCAGUGCUUACCACACAGACACGAGACUGAUCUCGAUCCUUUCAUCCCACAAAAUGCAAAUAAGGUAAUUUCCCAAAAUGAUAAAUUAUUCCUUUAUUUGCCUUCUGCAGCACUAGCUACAGUUGGCCCUGAGGAUUUGGGAAAACUUAGAUGAGGUAAUUUUCUUUCCGUUAUUUUACAUAUCUCACAAAACUAUGCAGCUCGUUUUAAUCAUUAAACAUCCUCCCUGUACACAGCUAAUGUCCUCAUGGUCCAAUAGGCUCAGUCUGCGUUUCCUCUGCUGACAGAAAAGAAAAACAAGUUCAGCAAGAAUGAGCUCUUUGCUAAAAAGGUCAAAGUACUAUGUGAGUUACUUAUAUAGCAAAGGUGGGAAACCUAAGCAAAUUGACUGUGACUGGUAAAAUAACUACACGGCUAGAGGGAAGUUGAGUUCAGUCUGCCUCAAAAUACUAUGCUCCACUGCUCAAACAGAGACAAACUGUGUAUGCAUAAAAUAGCUUAAGAAAACAAUUUAAAGUAGGUUGUUUGUAAUGAGUAUGUUGAGAAGCAUUUCCUUGAAUGUUGGUCCUGUAAAAAUGUAAACACCCCGAUAUGAGGAAGAACAUUUUAAAGAAACAGCGUUUGUCAGGUUUCAGAGUGUGAAAGUGAAAGAAAUACAAUCCUGUUUUUGUAUCUGAUGUGUCUGUUGAUACUUCAGUGGUCAUGCAGAGAUGGAGAUCAGCACCAGCAGUAGGGUUGGGUCGAUGAACGAUGCCAUCAUCCACUGAGCCCUCUGUCAUCGUAACAUCAUGAUUUGAAAGGCAAUCUAGUGAGUUGCAGCAACUGAAUUUAAAGUAUAUGAAAGUAA